AUGGAAGAGAUUGAAAACAACGAAUUCACGAAUGAAUCAGUUGCAGAGAGCAGAAGAAGCCUUGAAAGUGAAUUACAAGGUUUAGAAGCUGAGUCCCUAGCCGAGUCUUUGCCUGAAGGAUUUAAUGUAGAUGAAAAAGACUAUCCAAAGAAGAAAAGCUUCAACUUGACUUAUAAUAAAGUUAAAGAUAGAAUACCAAUAUUUCUAUGUAUCGCACAUGGCGCUAUUUGGGGCUUGUUAGCCAGGAAAGGAUUGGAAGCUUUGACGACUUAUAAUGAUUCUUUUAUAUCUGGAGUUAUAUGGGCUAAUUUCGCCGCCUGUUUAAUUAUGGGAAUCGCUGUUGAUAGCAACCACUUAUGGGAAAUAUUACUUGAAUCGAGUGACUAUUCACACAAAGGUGAGAUUCCAUUAUAUACUGGUAUAACAACGGGAUUCUGUGGUACAUUCUCAUCAUUCUCUUCGGUGAUGUUAGAGAUAUUCUAUAAGUCCGCUGAUACUAUGCCUGGUAAAUAUUAUCAUUACCCUAAUGCGGCAUAUGGAAUAAUGGAAUUUUUGGCAACUGUGCUAGCUCAUUUUGGUUUAUCAAUCAUGGGAUUUCAUAUGGGUAGACAUCUCAUUGAAAUAUUUGAUAAUUAUAUACCACUGUUAAAAAAGAAGACAUAUAAAAGAUUAGAAAUAUUGACUUCAGUGAUUGGCUUGGCUCUCUUUGUUAUUGUUGUUAUCUUGAUUGGCGUUAAGAAUAAUGGUUCUUGGAGGUCAUGGACAUUUGGAUGUUUUUUCGCACCAUUUGGAGCAUUGAUAAGGUAUUACCUAUCGAGAUAUUUAAAUUCUAAAGUCAAGAAUUUUCCGAUAGGUACUUUCUCAGCUAAUCUUUCUGGAACUUUGUUUUUAUCUAUUUUUACGUUACUCAGUAGAGGUAAAUCACCCAACAAUCUUCAGAGCCAAAUUGUCACUAAUAUCUUGGGCUGUCAUGUUUUAUCAGGUCUAGAUGAUGGGUUUUGUGGUGCUUUAACUACCGUUAGUACCUUCGUGGUUGAAUUAUUUGGGUUGAAAACUUCGCAUUCAUAUAGAUACGGCUCUUACUCAGUUAUUAGUAGUUAUGUUGUUGUUGUUUUAAUCUUGGGUGUUUUCAAUUGGACAGUUGGCUUAACAGAUUCCGUUUGCUCUCUAUAA